AUGGCUGGUAUCUUUGCGCCAGACCCUGUCCUGCUGCAUGCACGUUUACGGCCGGCCAGCCUGGCCUGCAUCGAUCUCGCAACCAACCGAAGAUGGACGUAUGCGGAACUCAACGCCGACAUACAGCGCGCAACCGCGGUCUUGUCCGCAUACGCCGUCGAGGCCGGUGACAGGGUUGCCACUAUGUGCAUCAACAGUGUUCAUCAGAUCAUACUUCAACAGGCCUUGAUGAGGCUUGGAGCCAUCUUCGUUCCCCUCAAUUGGCGCCUGGCCCAGCCCGAGCUUUCUAAGCUGUUGGACGACUGCACGCCAACAAUCAUUUUUACAGAUCGAGACCCACCCGAGCUACCUCUUGGCUGCCGCCACAUUGAAUUUUCUAGAUUCUGUGAGGAGGUCGAUAAUGCAGACCCCGGACGCCGACUCCAAUCAAGGUCGUCACAGGAGACGAGCAUUAUUCUUUACACUUCUGGAACGUCGGGCACGCCGAAGGGUGUGAUUCUGACUGCGCAGUCCAUACUGGCUACCACUCUCGACUUCAGCGUUUUGACAGAAGCCGAUACGGGAUGCGUCUUCCUCUGUGACGGGCCGAUGUUCCAUUUCAUGGGUCUCAUUGCGCAGAUCUGGCCACCUCUUAUGCGAGGCGGCAGGCUGCUCGUGUCCCCGAGAUUCAACCCUGAAGCGACCAAUCGCCGCCUGAGUGAUCCCCAGCUUGGAAUCACACAUUACUUCUGUGUCCCUCAGAUGGCGGAGGCGCUAAGUAGAGCAGUUAACUUUGACCCGUCAGCAUGGCUCACCCUCAAAGCCCUCUUCACGGGAGGUGCUCCCAACCCCCCAGCGCGCAUCAAGUGGUGGCUUGACCAAGGCAUUUGUAUGGUUGAUGGAAAGCUGGCUCUGUGGGUCAUCCAGGUCCAUUGA